AGCUGUUCGUGCAGUGAAAAGCGAUACACAAUGUCUAAUACAGUGUACGAUGUUAUAGUGGUCGGUGCAGGAAUAGAGGGUUCAUCAUGCGCCUACCAGUUGGCCAAGAGAGGGCAGAGAACCCUACUACUAGAGCAGUAUCCACUACCCCACACACUAGGAAGCUCCCAUGGGGCCACUAGAAUAACCAGAAAAGCCUACCCAGAAGACUAUUAUACCGAGAUGAUGAUGGAGGGGUAUAAACUAUGGAAAGAAAUAGAAAAGGAAUCCGGUGUUAAGAUUUUUCACAAUUGCGGAACGCUGUACUUAGGUCACAUACCUUCAUUGGAUUGUGUUGAGGCGGGAUUGAAGAAACACGGCAGUCCACACAGAGUUCUUUCAAAUAGUGCGGUGAGAUCAGAGUAUCCAAUCUUUUCCGUACCUGACGACUAUACAGGUAUAUUUGAUCAUGAUGGUGGAAUUUUGAUGGCUGAUAAGGCUGUAAACACUGUUCAGAGUCUAUUCAAACAAAAUGGUGGAACUUUAUUAGAUGCACAGAAGGUGGUAGAAAUUAUCCCGGGAACGACAGCCACUGUCAGAACUGACAAGGGAGCUUCGUUUUCAGCUAGUAAUAUUAUCUUAGCCCUUGGUCCCUUUACCAAUAAACUGACUUCCAAACUUGGAUGCACAUUACCAAUGAGAGUUGAGAAGAUAUCUGUUUUCUACUGGAAAGAAAAGGUACCAGGAAUGCAUUCUAUGGAAAGUAACUUCCCUUGUUUUAUUGAUCGGACUGCAACUGCUGGUAUUUCUGUAUAUGGAUUACCUGCAUAUGAAUAUCCUGGUUAUGUUAAAGUCUGCCUUCACAAAGGUCCAAUAGUUGACCCCGAAGAAAGAGAUUUAGAUAAAAGUACAUGGGUCAGAGAAAGAAUGAUGAAAUAUAUUAAAGAGAGGCAACCUUGGCUGCAUCCUGAACCAUCGAAAGAAUUGACGUGUCUGUAUACGGUAUCACGAGACGGCGAUGUUAUAUUAGAUAAAUUACCGACAUAUGAUAAUAUAAUCGUAGCAGCUGGGUUUUCAGGCCAUGGGUUUAAGUUAGGUCCUAUCGUUGGUAAAUUGGUGUCUGAUAUGGUUAUCACUAACAAAACUCCAGAAAUAUUUAAACACUUCAGUAUAGACCGAUUUGCUGGUUCUUCAGAGGAUUUCCAAUCGAAAUUAUGAGAAAAUUACUCAAUGUCACUUGUAAUUAAUUUAAAAACCAAUAAAACGAAAUAACCACUUUAUAAA